GCUCGACGCUCCUCACAGUUCGCUACCUUCAUUGGUAGUGCCCGAUCGGCCGUCGUACUUUCCGUACGUAUCUUUUAUCCUUCCUUGACUCGUAAACGAGGUCCCGCGUCGUUCGUACUCACCGACGCGGCCCGAAUGCCGGGCACGACGCUCCUCUAGAGGAUUUCCCGUGUUUGGAAACCUCGUGGACCGAACCCCGUGCCUCUUUGUCAGUGCACUUUGGGCACCCUGGUGCGAUCAUUCGCCACAGAAUCAAAGAUCAAGAUGAAGUGGUUGUUACCUUGUUUACUUGUACUUUGCGAAAUAGCUGCACAAGCUUCUUCCACACAGCCAUUUUACACAGUGAUUGCUCCAAAAGUAGUCCGUCCUAAUUCAGAGUAUCAUGUAGCAGUGAGUAUUAUUGGGACACCAGUUUCAACGACAGUAUCGGUGAUAUUGCAAGGAAGCCAAGAUGGAGAAGUAUUUUUUAAUGCAUCACAAAUUGUCGUCGUAGAUCCCUAUUCCACACGAAUAAUAAAGUUAGAGGUUGGAGACACCAGCCCUGGAGAGUACCUUCUAACAACAAAAGGUCUCUCAGGAUUCAAGUUUGGAAAUACUUCAGAUGUACAGUUUGUUCAUAAGAGUUAUUCAGUUUUCAUUCAAACUGAUCGUGCAAUUUACAAACCUGGGAGCAAAGUGAUGUUUCGAUGUCUUGUAUUGGACUCGAGACUGAAACCAGCAGUCACAAGACAGUUGGAUGUGUACAUUACAGAUGGAGGUGGAAAUCGAAUUAAACAAUGGAACCGACCAGCACUAAGUAGAGGUGUAUUUAGUAGUGAACUAGAAUUGUCCAAAUCUCCAGUUUUGGGUGACUGGAAGAUAGUUGCUAACGUGGCCGAUCAACUGUUUGAAAAAGAAUUUCAAGUUGCUGAAUAUGUGCUUCCAAAGUUUGAAGUUACGAUAGAUGCACCAAAACAUGCAACUUUUAAGGAUGGCAAGAUACCUAUAACAGUCUACGCAAAGUACACAUAUGGAGAACCUGUUAAAGGUGAAGCUACUAUAACAGCUUACCCUGAUAUAUUUUCUGGCGUGAUUCAACCAAUUUUUCAGUCACCAGUGCGAAAAGUAUUACCCAUUGAUGGAAAAGUAACAGUUGACUUUGAUAUUGUUACGGAGCUUAGAUUGACAGAUGAGUAUGAACGACCCGUUCAACUGGAUGUUGCAGUCGAGGAAGCGUUAACAGGUCGUAGGCAAAAUACGUCCAUGCAAAUUACCUUGCAUAAACAUAAGUACACCAUGGAGCUUAUCAAAACAUCAACAUAUUACAAGCCUGGUCUUACGUACACCGCUUUUAUAAAACUAACUUACCACGAUGGAUCUCCUGUUCGAGAUACGGUAAAUCCUGUAUUAAUUGCCUAUGGAUUUACUUAUAAUCAAUCUGCUUUUCUCAACGCUACUCGUAUGUUGGAUGAAAAUGGAAUCGUUCAACUGGAUUUUAAUCCCCCAAUUGUUGAGGAUAAUUUUCCACAACCACUUCAAAUUGAGGCACAGUACUUAAAUCUUCAUGAAUGGUUUCCGUCCACGAACCAAGCAUUGUCACCCAGUAACACGUAUAUACAAGCUAUACUCAAGACGAAGAAACCCAUGGUCAGUCACGAGGUUGAGGUUGAAGUAAAUUCUACUGCGCCGCUGAAAUAUUUGAGUUAUGAAAUUUUUGGGCGUGGAAAUAUUCUAUACGCCGCUUCUAUACAAGUUCCUAAUAGAAAUGUGGCAAGUUUCAAGUUUUUAGCAACUUAUGUAAUGGCUCCGAGAGCACAUGUCGUAGUCUAUUAUGUAAAAGAUGAUGGUGAGGUAGUAGCAGAUGCUCUGGAUGUUGAUCUAGAGGGUACGCUUCAAAAUUUCGUUGACAUUAAAGUGUCACCUGGUGAGACAACUCCUGGGGAAGGUGUCGAUCUUACAAUUACUUCAAAACCGAAUUCCUAUGUUGGCAUAUUAGCAGUUGAUCAAAGCUCACUAUUGUUGAAAUCUGGCAAUGACAUUUCCCGCGAACAAGUCGACAAGGAACUUAGGUCAUAUGAUAUGGCGGAAGAGUCACCAUAUGACAUGUUCGGUGAAUCCUUUUGGCGGCCAGGAUCUGCUACUGCUGAAGAUGUUUUUGAAAAAUCGGGCGUAACUAUACGCACAAAUGGUUAUGUUCAUAAAAGCAUCCCAAUCAGGCAGCCAGGAUAUCUGGAUGGUAGAAUAGAUGGCUCGCUUCAUGGGGCGUCCACAUUUCGUCCAGACCUUGGUCCACCCGUAACGCACAGACUAGCAACCAGGCCACCACUGGCAGGUCCUUACGCCUUCUCUCGCAUCCCAAUUCCUGUAUGGAAUAAGCCCCGUGUUUUCCUUAUGCAUGACAUCUCAAACACCUGGCUUUUCACAAACUUCUCUUCAGGACCGGAAGGACGAACUGUAAUGAGAAGAAAUGUACCUGAUACAAUCACGUCCUGGGUAAUAAGCGGAUUUUCCGUCGAUUCAGUUUAUGGGUUAGGCCUUAUCGAUGAACCAAAGAAGUUAAAAGUGUUUAAACCUUUCUUUGUGUCCAUGGAUCUUCCAUAUUCUGUAAUACGAGGAGAGGCUGUUGCGAUACCAAUAGUAGUAUUCAACUACAUGAAUAAAGAUUUAACAGUUGAGAUAUUAUUGGAGAACGAAGGACAAUUUGAAUUUGCUGAAAUUUCGAACGAUGUUCACGAUCCGCCAAAAUUAGAACUAUAUCGCCGAAAGAGAGUGGAUGUAAAAGCAAAUACUGGGGAGAGUACUUCUUUCAUGAUUAUACCAAGAGAAUUGGAUUAUAUUACCAUAAAGGUGACAGCAAGUAGUGUUUUAGCAGGAGACAGCGUAGAACGUAAAUUACUUGUUAAGGCUGAGGGUGAAACACAGUUUAGAAAUAAAGCUGUAUUUUUGGAUCUUCGAGAUGCAAAACAGAUUCAAACUACCUUGACAGCAGACAUUCCUAAAAAUGCUGUACCAGGGUCUGAGUAUAUUGAAAUAUCUGCCGUGGGAGAUAUUUUGGGCCCGAGUAUUCCAAAUCUUGCCAAUUUGAUAAAAAUGCCAUUUGGAUGCGGAGAGCAGAACAUGUUGAAUUUUGUUCCAAACAUUGUGAUAUUGAAUUACUUGAAGAAUACAAACCAGUUAACUCAAGCUGUUCAGAGUAAAGCACUGCGAUAUUUGGAGAUCGGUUACCAACAAGAGUUAACUUAUCGACAUAAAGACGGUUCAUUUAGCGCAUUUGGAACUUCUGAUCCAACAGGCAGCACAUGGCUUACUGCCUUCGUUGCGAAGUCCUUUAAACAAGCAGCCGAACACACCACUAUUGAGGAUAAAAUAAUUGAUGAAGCAUUGCAAUGGCUUUCCAAUAAUCAAGCACCAAAUGGAAGUUUUCCUGAAAUUGGAAGAGUGAGCCAUCGUGAUAUGCAAGGAGGAGCUGCUAAAGGUCUUGCCUUAACAGCAUUCACUCUUGUAGCAUUCCUUGAAAAUGAGAAUGCAGUCAAACAAUAUCAAAACACUAUUAAUAAGGGCAUUGAUUACGUUGUGCGCUAUAUGCAAGAUUUGGAUGACGUUUAUGCACUGAGUUUAUGUACAUAUGUAUUGAAUCUAGCAAGCCAUCCUUUCGAAGAUACUGCUUAUAAUUUGUUAGAAUCCAAAGCUGUAACAAAGGAUGAUAUGAAAUGGUGGAUGAAACCUGUUCCUAAAAAUGAUAAGAAUCCAUGGUAUUCGUUACCGAGAUCUGUAGACGUAGAGAUGACAUCCUACGCACUGCUGACUUAUCUUAGACGAAAUUUAAUAACAGAUUCUAUUCCUAUCAUGAAGUGGCUUGUAAAGCAGAGGAACAUGGAAGGUGGUUUUGCCUCAACUCAGGAUACUGUAAUAGGCAUUUAUGCAUUGGCAAAGUUAGGUGAAAAACUUGCUACCAGAAGUAACAAUAUCGCCAUUUCGUUUACAUAUGAAGGAGGAGAACAAAAACAAUUGACAAUAAAUUCUGGAAAUUCUAUGAUUCUACAAAAAUUCGUGCUUCCAAAAAAAACUCGUGUCGUUAAUGUAACGGCCACAGGUAAUGGUUUUUCUAUUGUACAAGUAUCAUCAAGUUAUAAUCUGAACGUCACAGGAGCAUUUCCUUUAUUCACACUGGACCCACAAGUGGAUAAAAAUUCUAACGCCAAUCAUCUUCAGCUCUCCAUUUGUUCCGGAUUUGUUCCAACAAAAGAAGCAAAUGAAAGUAAUAUGGCCGUAAUGGAAAUUAGUCUGCCAUCUGGCUUUACAGUAGAUGUGGAUUCUUUGCCCAGUUUGGAAGUAUCUCAAAAUGUGAAGCGAGUCGAAACUAAGAAUGGCGAUACAAUGGUUGUGUUAUAUUUCGAUAAGAUGGUAAGACAGGAAUACUGUCCAACGGUAUCAGCAUUUAGAACACAUAAAGUAGCUAAACAGAAGCCAGUACCAGUGACAAUUUAUGACUACUAUGACUCAUCAAGAAGAGCAAGAGUGUUUUACGAGCCAAGGGCUACUACACUAUGUGACAUCUGUGAAAAAGAUGAUUGCGACAAUGUUUGCAUUGGAGCAUUGGGUAACCAAAAGGAUGGUGGUACAGCAUCUAUGGCCCCAACAAUACGCACGUCUCAAUACUUUGAACUACUACUUUGUUCAAUUAUUUUUACAGUUCAUAAGUACAUGUAAAUUGCACCAUAGUAAAUAAUUUAAAAACUCUAUUUAGAUAGAUUUAACUGUAAGUAUUCUCAGACCAUUAACCGCAGUACAUAGAAAACGUGUACAGAUCGGUAUAAUAAGUGAUAACCAAAGUGCUUUGUAUUUACAUGAAAUGCAAGACACAACACACGUAAACUAAAGUUUGUUUUUUAUUUCUUCGCAGUAAACUGCUCACAUGCCAUCAAUAUAACAAUAUUUAAGUGGAUAUAAAAUGACAUGUACUAAAUUAUAGAGUUAUAAAAUAAAGUUGUUUUAUUGUUACAUAUA